AUGAGUACCUCUCAAGAUAUGGAUUAUGCCACUUUGUUUUUCAACCACUUGCAGAUGGAGAACGAAAUCCAUGAAGUUUGGAGAGAGAUGAAACUCAUUAGGGAAGAUCCAAGUCUUCCAGAUUGCAUCAAAUUUUCAUUACUUCAGAAACUUUUCGAAGUUCAUAAUGCACUGGACUUAGAAUCGACAAGAGAACAAGAAAACUACAUGUCUUCAUUCCUGCAAGAACUUCGUCUUCCUGAAUUAGGAGUUCGACCAAUGACUGAAGGUAAACUAAAAGUACACAUCAUGCAACAUAUGUCAAGACGAGCUAAUCCAAAUCCACGUUCUUUGAGCUUUGGAUUCAUCGAUCCGGGCGUUCAAGUCGAGAAACGCCACAAUACAACAGUUUUACCUUCAUCAAACUCAGGAUCUGGCAUUCUCCUUAGGAGAAAAUCAGAAAUUGAGUUUGAACUCAGAUCAAUGCAAAUGAAGGGAAAAUUAACUCCAGAAGAAUCCGAAGAAAAGCUUAAACUUACAAGAGAGCUCUCAGACAUUAUGAAAGUUUAA